AUGUUUUCAGGAGAGCCGACAUUAACACCUCCACCACGUUCACCAGGUUACGCACCUGCAACCCCUGCCUCUGGCGACGCUAAACACCACCCACCAGACGGUACUUCUUCCGACAAGUCUUCGGAGACUGCAGUCGGCGGUGUUUCCCGAACCCCCAGUACUGCGCUAACGCGAAAAGAGAGUUACAAGGCACAACGCCAGCACUAUCGCCGUGAGAAGAAACGCGCUGCGUCCGCGUUGCUGCACUCCAUUGAGGACCCUAGCGUUGUGGUUCUUGCGGACUGGUUGAAGGUCCGAGGCUCUCUAAAAUCAUGGACAAAGUUGUGGUGUGUGUUGAAACCCGGGCUUUUACUGUUGUAUAAAAGUCCUAAAGCUAAAAGUAGUCACUGGGUGGGCACUGUGCUUCUCACCUCGUGCCAGGUCAUCGAACGGCCUAGCAAAAAAGACGGAUUCUGUUUUAAACUUUACCACCCUCUCGAGCAGAGCAUUUGGGCGCCAAGGGGACCACACAACGAGACUAUCGGUGCGGUAGUUCAGCCACUACCGACCGCCCACCUGAUAUUCCGCGCGCCUUCACAGGCCGCUGGCCACUGUUGGCUCGACGGGCUCGAACUCGCCCUACGAUGCAGCAAUGCUAUGCUCAGAUGCUCGCGCUCGCGGCGCACCGACGCGGCCGAGGCGGACGCGGCGGCGGCGCACGCGCAGCUCAGCCACGAGGAGCUCGAGAAGCACUUCAAUGAACAAGAUUACAGCCCCAAAAGGUAUUCACCUACAACGCUUUCUUAUAAAUUGAAAAAACUAAAAACCAGAAAAUUAUCGAAGUGGGCGCAGUUCGUCGAAUCUAUUGAGAUUGUGUCUCGAGAACACGACUCCAGUGAAUCAAUUGACGAGAAAAUAGAACGAGACAAAAAUGGCAACACCCAAAUAACGGAAAAGAAGGACUUCUUCGAUUUUUUCAAAAGGAAAGACAUAGAGCGCAACACUGCGACGACGUCGUCAAUGCGAACAUUCACAGAAUCCAAAGCCGUUAAACUGAACAGCAAAAGCCUUACGUCCAGUCCUUUGAAAAUAGAAAAAAAAAUGCCUAUCCUCAAAUGUUUUGACAUACCGAAAACAACUACAGAGAAGAAAAUUAAAGACAGAGUGACAACACCAACAAACAUCAUCGAAGAAAAUUUGAUUAAACUCAUGACGUCAUUACCGAUAAGACGCAGCUCGACGCCGUCAACUCAAAAAUUAACACAGAAAAGGAUUUCCGAACUCAGGUCGUCUGGAGUUAAAACCGACUCUGAGGAUGAUUACUUAAAGUUAGAAUUAACAAAAAAGAAGAAGGAUAACUCGGAACUGUUAUGCGCUACGCCCGAGAAUAUAAUUAUUACUAAAACAGCGCCAUCUGUUGAGCGGUUUCGGAAGUACAGUUCGUCGUCUACCGAUGACGUUUGUGAUGCUCAAAGACG